CUCGGACUGCACUGGGAACCAGCAACAGACUGUCUACGUUACAAGAUCGGUCUACCAAUGGAUUCUUCGAAGCAAACGCUCACCAAACGACUUGCACUGUCUCUUAUUGCUCGUUUGUACGACCCACUUGGCUUGGUAGGACCGGUCGUGACCACAGCCAAGGUGUUCAUGCAGAACUUAUGGACCCUGAAAGAUGAGGAAGGUACAUUAUGGAGUUGGGACCGUGAAUUACCAAUUAAAUAUCGAGACGAGUGGAACGCAUACCAAUCUCUGUUACCAAACUUAAAUAAUCUCCGGAUCGAGCGGUGCAUUCUGAUACCGAAACCAGAAACCAUUCAAAUCCACAUCUUUGCUGAUGCCUCACAGCUUGCCUAUGGUGCCUGCGCGUAUGUCAGGUCCACCGACGCCAACGGAAUGGUUAAAGUUUCUCUACUGUCCUCCAAAUCACGCGUAGCACCUCUGAAGCGCCUCAGCAUUCCCCGUCUUGAGCUGUGUGGCGCUCUGCUCGCUUCCGAACUUUAUGAAAAGGUAAAUUCGUCACUACAACUCAGCGCCGAAUGUUACUUUUGGCUUGAUAGCACCGUUGCACUGUGUUGGCUAAACGCAUCUCCGUCUACCUGGAACACCUUUGUCGCGAAUCGUACCUCCAAGAUUCAACUAUCAACUCCGAAUUGCUCAUGGCAUCACAUCUCCGGUUCAGAAAACCCAGCCGACUGCCUUUCCCGUGGGCUAUCUGCAGACAAUAUCAUGGAUUUCGAUCUUUGGUGGCACGGCCCUCAAUGGCUUCUUCAGCAACAACAAUACUGGCCGACUACCAAAACUAUUUUAGAACAACCUUCGGCAGCGUUGGAAGAAGUUCGGCGAAAUUCAAUGGCAGCAUCAUCGUCUCCAAUCGAUCCAUCCUUCAUCGACCUGUUAACUGAAAAGUUCUCCAAAGUUCAACGCUUGAUAAGAGUUACCGCCUAUUGUCAUCGUUUUCUCCGCAACACACGAAUUUGUUCAAGCAACCGACCCAGUUCAAUUCUUCUUACCGUUGACGAGUUGACGCUAGCAGAACAUAACAUCAUCCGGUUGAUUCAACAACAAACCUUCAACGAAGAAUGGAAGCGACUACAAAGAAACCAACCUGUGUCAUCGACAUCCCGACUGAAAUGGUUCCAUCCAUUCUUGUGCUCGGACCAACUGAUGCGAAUCGGUGGAAGACUCGGAAACGCACUCCAACCAUACGACGUUAAACACCAGAUCCUUUUGCCCCGACUGCACCCAUAUUCGCGUCUACUAACCCGCGACUAUCACGAACGUCAUCUACAUGCAGCUCCCCAGUUACUCCUCAACCUACUUCGUCAGAGAUACUGGAUUAUAGGGGCCAGGAGUCUGGCCAAGAGCGUAGUCCACAACUGUAUUGUCUGCUUUCGAGCUCGUCCCAGAUUACUGCAACAAUUUAUGGCUGAAUUACCGUCUUCACGCACCAUUGCCAGUCGUCCUUUUACUGUAACGGGAGUGGACUACUGGGGACCCAUCCUUCUCAAGCCAAUUCAUCGUCGUGCCGGACCAAGUAAAGCAUACGUCGCCGUUUUCGUGUGUUUCUGUACCAAGGCGGUACACUUGGAACUAGUGUCCGAUCUAAGCACACCUAAGUUCAUCCAAUCUCUUCGCCGAUUUGUGUCCCGUAGAGGGUUAUGCUCUGACAUACACAGCGACAAUGGGAGAAACUUCGUUGGAGCUGCCAACGAGCUGAAGCAACUGAUACGAAGCAUAGAGUUCCGGAAUGCCGUCACCGAAGAAUGCAAUGCCCAGCGAAUUCGUUGGCACUUCAAUCCGCCAACAGCAUCAAACUUUGGUGGUCUCUGGGAGGCCGCAAUCCAAUCUGCCCAAAAGCAUUUCGUGCGAGUCCUUGGGAAAAUAACACUUCCGUACGAUGAUAUGGAGACUCUUCUUUGCCAAAUUGAAUCCUGCUUGAAUUCACGACCGCUUGUUGCCUUGAGCGACGACCCAUCGGACUAUGAACCAUUGACCCCGGGUCACUUUCUCACCGGUGCAUCCUUGAAAUCCGUUCCUGAUGUGGACUACACCAAAAUCGCAUCCAAUCGGCUCACCAAAUGGCAUCACGUACAACAAUUGUAUCAGCAACUGUGGAAAAGGUGGCACCUGGAGUAUCUCUCCACACUGCAACCGCGAUCCAAAUGGCUUUCUCCCCCAGUUCAAAUAAGCGAAAACCAACUCGUUCUUCUUUGCGACGGAAACAACGCUCCAAUGCAUUGGCCAACAGCGAGAAUUCAGCAAAUUCAUCCCGGUCCGGAUGGCAUCGUGAGGGUAGUGACACUCCAAACUCCAACUGGCCGCCUCGUCCGUCCGGUAAACAAAAUCUGCCUUCUGCCAAUAAAAUCAUCGUUCGACCAACAGCACACCGAACCGAACAGCACCUAAAAUAUAAAAAAUCAAGGCUCUAUAAUUGCCUGGAUCAGAAAAGUAUCCUGCAGCUGCAAUCUUCAAAACAAACCAAUGCUAUUCGUCGAUUAUGCAUCCGAAAUGACGUAUCAUCAUCGAGAAUUGUCAUCACAUCAUCGAUACACGGAUAGUCAGAAACAUUGUUCCUGAGGGGCCAGUAUGUUCGCUCAUCACGAAACGGUAAACCAGCGCCACCUAUAUUUCAGCAGACGAAUCGGCAGUUGGUGGAUUUCCUCGUUCAUCGAUUUUCUGUUUUGGCCCAAAGGAGAAGAAGGUGACAGUAUGGCGAUAAACCUCUUUCCGGUACAUCUUGCUAUAUAAGGAAUUUCGAUGACGUGUGUCAUUCUCUUUUAAUGCUGCAAGGCCCAUCCCAAGUCAUCAUCGAGUGAACAGCAACCCGAAGAAAAUUAUUAAGAAGUGGAUAAUGUAUUUUUGAAUAGACAGUUAAGUUAGAAAAUUAGAGUUGUUAAGAAUAAAUUGAAAGGAAGUGAAUUACAGUAGUUAAUACCGAAUAAAGUUAUCACGGAUAAUAAACGCGUGUGUUACAACUACCUACCAGUCGUCUUCACCUGCCGCCUUGAAGAAACUCUGAAAAGAAAAGAAAAAAGUGCUACUUACCUGUUCUUUAAAAUCGUCCCUGGAAUCCGCUGCUAA